AUGAGCCGCGAACCCUGGCUCGACAGCCUGUCCGACGACUGGCCAUCGGUGCCUGUCUCUCCUACAACGCCUGCGACGCCUGGCCCAUCUAAGACCGUACUUCCCUCGUCUCCCCGAACUGGCGCCCAGGAUACCCCUAGUCGCAUUCCAGUGCCCGCCCGUCGAUCCGUGGAACAACAGUCACCGGCCAGCGACGCGAAAAAGGUGACUCGGCCAUGUCACUUCAUUAAAAGAGAACCUCCGACCCCUAAAACGCCUCGAACACGCAAGACACCCUCGAAAACUCAGUCGCCGACCCCCGCAAAAUCCAAAACAAACACCCCGAAAUCCUCCCCGAAGCGCAGUCCGAGGCCCGCCUCCGGCGCGGCUGCUAAACAACCGCAGGCGAUGGACACGCGCUCCCCUCUGCGAUCGGUGUCGAAUGUUUCCAGUCAGUCGGGUUAUCAAAGCACCGUUCAGAUAAAACCGAAGAAGAAUCGAGAUGAGGGCGCGGCCACGCCCGAAUGGCGGAAGCGACUGGUUCACGGAGAGAUUGGGGUGGGUGAACAACGGGAUCUGUUUGCGCCCAUGGGCCUCGAAAGCGUGUUUAAACCGCCGACACCAGGAUCUACGAACGGGCAACAAGAUUCGAUCCCUUUCACGAAGCAGGAUGACCAGCUGUGGGAUUUCACCGACGCGACUUCGCGCCGGGAUAGCACGGUGGAGGCUGACGCCGACGACCCCCAGGGCCAGGAACCGGAUAUAAUUGACGGCGAUGAAACGGGCACCGGAAUGGAGUCGCCAAUGGGAACGGUCAACUACGCAUCAUGGACAGACAAGCGAUCUCGAGGUCAGGAUCUUGACCAGGAGGACGUUUCACAAGGAGGAUACACCGAACAGCGAACGGCCAGUGGGCUGGAAGACCUUCGCAAUGAGGGCAUCACCCCCAUUGUAUUCACCCGACCGAAUACCCUGGAAGGUGGAGCUACAUCGGAGGUGAUCAAAUCGGCCCUAAAGCAAGUUACCAACAAGCUCGAGAGUCUGUCCAUGAAUACCGACAGCCGGCCAGACUCACCCGCCAGCGAUAGCUUCCUCUUCUACAACCACAGCGAGCCCCACGCCGAAGGCUCACCGCAAGAUGACAGCCUGCUGGAUGUGACCAGUCACUCCUUGCCGCAGGAUCUGUCUAUGGGGACGGUGGAUUUCAGUAGCCGCCGUGGCAACCGCUCUUUCCGACGCCGAUUCUCUCCUUCGCCCUUUCCCUCACAUCGUAUGUCUCUCGCGACUCUCGCCAAUACCAAAAUUCGCAGUUCUCCCCUUUUCAACCCUUCUCAGCAUAAAGGCUCACCCUCCUUGCCUCGACCUUCCUCCUCCCACGUGCGUCCUUCAACAGCGGGGGAUGCGACAACAAAAGAACCAAAAAUGCCAUCUUCGGGCAGUCCGCUGAAGCUGUUUGGCGAGCAUGAUACGUUCACGAACAACCGACUGCUGCGGCGCAUGAGUCAGUUUGAAGAGUUCAGUGAUGGGUCGGAUGGCGAGGCGCCGCUUUCGCCCUCAGAAGAAGCGCGGAGAAAGGGUGAAAACCGCAGCUCGUUGAAUCCCAGACACGAGCCGCUGAGUGAGAUUUCGUCGAAGUUCAAUGAGCGACUAGCAUCUCGGAACAUCCCACGCCCUCGACUGAAUCGGUUCGGCGACGGAGAACUCGAUCAAUUCGACUUCUCUGAUGCCAGUCCAUAUGAGAAUAAGUUGGUCUAUGAUGAAGCACAAGGAUUUGGAUCUCGACCCUCCUCGCGGAAGCUCUCAUCCGGUAGAAAACAAUAUCUCCGUGGGGCGUCCCAGCAAGGCUCUCUGCGCUAUACCAGGACUGCGAGUUCCAGUUUUACCCGAAAGCCAUCGGCAUGGACUCGCCAGAGUUACUUCGACCACGUUCGUGAGAAUUCACUGUCACGCUUCAACAAAAAAGAAAACCGGGCAUUCCCCGAGACCAAGCGAGUCCCCAAAAGUGCAGCUGAUCCGACUCCGAAGCGUCGUCGGACAAUAUUGCGAGACAGCGCAGAGCCAGAACACUCACAUCAAGCCGGCGACUCCCCUCCGAAAUUGGGCGACAGCAUGUCUCUCCUGCAGAGAAGCCUGUUGCAGCAUGGCGUGCACCUUGAAAACGGAGACUACCUCGCCCCUCCUGGCUUAUCUCAGUCUAUGCAACGACCUAGAACGCCCACUCCUAGUCAAAUAAGGUCGACCCAUGAAGCCAAGAUUGCCCCAACCAGAGACUUCUCUGAGUCCAACUUUGAUGAACUGGAUUAUUCAGAUUCCUUCUCGAUCGAAGGAGAUAUUCCAUUGCUCAAGGUGACUGGUACGAGUGACACGUCGCGAAAAGGGUCAAUCACAACCCAGGAUUAUUUGAAUGAGGCUACAAAGAUCAUGGAUUUGAUUCGGUCAAAAGGCCGAUCGGCCGCUGGUCUGACCAGUGUGCAGGAAUCCGAGCCAGAUAGUGAGGAGGGCGAUUUCAGCUACGAGGAUGAAUCCACGCGGGAAGCCUUUUCUCGGCCUCCAAGCCGGGACGGGACGGACCUGCGCAAGCAGCGGGAGCCCAAGGAGUUGAACCCGCUCAUUAUCAGCUACCUGAAAAAAUAUCAAGAGAAGGACGAUGCUAAUGACUCGGUCAUGUCAUUCAACGGCUACUCAAUGGAUAAAGAAGAUCGACUUGGCGGACUAACCCCCGAGCAGAGAAAGCGCAAGCCAAGUGCUUCAAUCGAUGAUGUGGCGGAGAAUAUCGCCCAAGACCUGAUGACAAUCAAUACUCAGAUGUCUGGAUUCAGCGUUCAAUCUGUUCCAACCGGCUCAUCUCAAAACUCCCAGGCGAAAGGCAUGUUGUCCUCUGACCUGAUAUCCCAUUUGAUUCCCCAGCAAGUCAAUGGCUUCACGUAUGAUCGGGCGAAGAAUCAGUGGAUCAAGGACGGCACUCAAGAGCCGGUCCGUUCACCUUUCCGGGAAGAUGAGCAUGAUCCCUUCCAGGACAUCCCAGAUCUGAGCGUGGAUGAGCUGCAAGAGAUGAUGCGGAUCCAUGGACUGAGCUCUCCUGGAAAGAGUCUGGCUGCGGAUCAGAGUGAGGAUCAUCCUGCGCCUACUCUCGAUGCAGGUACUUCUCCCAGGAAGACUGAUCCUCGACCUCACACGAGGGAUGGUGAACCCUCAGUGAGUGCAAGCUCCGUGCAAUCCAGAGCCACUCGAUUCACAUCAAGUGUUCCUCAAUCUGGCACCAGAGCCACAUCAUGGAACACAGAUGAGAUUCAGGAAGAGAACGUCGGUCAAGCGAUUCCUGUACCCGGCUCGCAGCGGCGAACAAAACAGGCUCGCGUUGCAACCAUCACUUUCUCUUCUCCUCUAGUGUCACACAUCGCGUAUAGAGAUGAUCCGGAUGCUCUGGAAUGCCAUUCAAACCAGGAAGAGGCGACUGACGCAGCCAAUUCUCCGGAAGAAAGCCCAACUCGUGCGGACCAGCAGCACGGUGCAUUACGGUCUUUCGCGCCGCCGAUUGGGCGUGAAACCUCCGUGGCCGGUCAACCAUUCAUCCGACGUCCCAUUUCUCGAAUUGAAGAAAGAAACGAAGAAGGGACCGAGGAUCUCAGCCUUAUUCAUAGGGGCGAUCCGAUGGCUGUCCAGCAGACCCCAGGUGGACAAGGCGUUGGGAAUUCCUUAGUUCCCAUUCAGAGUCCCGACCAGACGAACUACAGUUUCCAUCUGAGUCCACUUCCUGAAUUCUCUGUGAACCAGCCUGACCACCCGUUGAAUCUUGAAAUGACCUAUGUGGCUCAACGGACAAACCCAAAGUCUUUGAGACAGGUUCAUGGAACUUUUGCUCUCGCGACAGAGGAUCUGAUCAAGCACAUCACCGAUGUAGAGCCAUACGAGCCUUACUGGGAUCAUGUCCGCCGUUUGGUCCUUCGUCAGAAGGGACUGAUCACUCUGCACAAAUUGAGUGACUUCUGUCCUCGCCUUGAGGACCUCGAUGUUUCUGAUAACGACAUUGGGCAGCUGAGUGGUGUGCCUUCAACCUUGCGAACCCUGAAGAUCCCCCAUAACUGUCUCUCCAAUCUCACACCUUGGGGCCACUUGACCAACCUGCAGUAUUUGGACAUUUCUGGCAACGACAUUGAAACACUGGAUGGAUUCUCCAGCCUGAUCCACCUUCGGGAAUUGAAGGCAAAUGACAAUCAAAUCCGCAACAUCGACGGCAUUAUGGAGCUAAAUGGGUUGCUGAGUCUGAAGCUGGGUAACAAUUCGAUUACCGGUGUGGACUUCGAAGGAACUGAACUGACUCGGCUUCGUGAUCUUGAUUUGAGCCAUAACUGCUUGACGUCGGUUCGGAACAUUGAGUGGCUCCCAUCCCUCACCACCCUUGAUCUCAGCGCCAACCAGAUCACGCGACUUGAAGCUUCAGCUUCACUCAUUAGCCUUCGUGCCCUUAGGAUCUCUGGAAACCGACUGAAUCGGUUCGAUGUGAAGAACUUCUCUUCCGUGAGCCUUCUCUACCUGGAUCAGAACCGCUUAUCUACCAUCGCUGGUCUGGAGCACUGCCUUAACCUGGAGGUGCUAUCUGUACGAGAGCAGUCCUCGCCUUCGGACAAUGGGUCGGGCUUCGCUCUGAAUCUCGACCUGGGAUGUGUGAAGGAUGUUCGGAAGUUGUUCUUGUCUUCAAACAAGCUUUCAUCCGGAUGCCUCUCGCCAUCGGCACCUUUACUCCAACUCCAAUUGUUUGAUCUAGCUUCCUGCACCCUCAAUGGUCUUCCUAGUGACUUCGCAUCGAACUUCCCGAAUGUCAAGGUUUUGAAUAUGAAUUUCAACUCGCUCAUCGAGCUGGAACCGCUCGUGGGAAUGAAAUGCCUCUCCAGGCUGUCUAUCGUUGGAAACCGGCUGGCCAGAAUGAGACGGAUUUGUCAAAUUCUAAGCCGACUGGGUCGAGCUGGCCGCGGAAGCCCAUGCUCUCUUCGGAAACUUGAUAUUCGUGGCAACCCGCUGACCAUUGGAUUCUAUCCUCCUGCCCUCACUGGUAAUGGAACCAACGCAGACCGCAAGAAGUUGAAGGACCAGGAUAAGGCAGUCAUCCGGCAACAGGAAAAUCGGCGCGAUCUUUCUGAUGCGCUCGCCGACCUUGAUCAGAAUGACCAGAUGACGCAAGCAGUAACUUGGGAGGACGGUGUAAAGGGCGAGCGAGAUGUCGAAGUCAACGACCCAUUUACUCUUCCGUCUGCGGAUGCCGCCGCGGAUGCGAAGUACCUAGGUCAUUUGGACCAAGCAACCAGGCUGCGCCGAAGUGUCCUGGAGCUUUUGCUCUAUGCUGGCACAAGCGGAUCACUACACACCCUUGACGGGUUGGAGCUUCGGCCAUCCCUGGGCGAGGACAGUCCGGACAUGGCAAAGGCAUGGUCAAAACUGGAGGAGCUGGGAGUUCUCCGGAGAAAGGCGAUUACCCACAAGGCAUAA